AUGGCGUUCCAGCUCUUAUUGGUUCUGAUAUAUAAUGGCGGCGGGUAUUUUGAAUAUACUUUGGGUGCGGACCCAGGUAGCCCCGCAGGAGCGGUCGCAGGUGCGCCCGCAGGUGCGGACACAGGUGUGCCCGCAGGUGCGGGCACAGGUGUGCCCGCAGGUGCGCGCGCAGCUGCACCGGCAGCUGCUGGGGUUGACGGUUUCUUAGUUGGCGGCGGCGCCUUUAAUGACUUGGCCGCCUUUCUUUUACCUGAUUUUGUUAUGACUGUUUCAAACCCGUCGUUAUCCUCCUCUGCGUCUGAGGAGGACGGCGUUGAAUCUGACUCGGCUUCCGAGCCGAUUGGUGAGCAAUCCAUGUCGCAUGGAUUGCUUUUUGGACAGUCCGGUGAGGCUGGGCUGUCCGUAUCGAAUGAGGUGGGCUUUACUUCGGGGUUCACAUCGGUGAACUCCUUGUACGCUUCGGGGUAUUUUUUAAUAAAAAAAUCUAAUAAGGCCUCUAAUCGGCCCGAAUUAUGGUCGCCCAUGAUGGGCGACGGACUUAGGAGGGAGUCCUCCCUGCAAGGCAGGGAGGUGUGUAACGUAUUUGAUUCAAGUCUAGACCCUGUUAUUAGGUAA